AACUCUUACAGCUGAUACAAACAAUCGUCGGUCACCCACACCUCUCUCGUCUACCUGCUGAAUAACCUGCUAAACUUGGCCGAGAGUGAAGUUUUGAUGGUCAAAAUAAAAGCUUUGCAGUCGUCUUAGUAAAGCUGGCAACUUCGUUGCAAACGCAACAAAUUUCUUGGUCUGCGGGUCGUGUAUGUGUUGUUUUGUGCUUCCCUAAGUGUGUGUGUGUGUGUUUGUGUUUGUGUGAGUGCGUGUUGUACGUAGUUGUGAGUGCGAGAGUUUCGAACUCUGCGUGGCAGUGUUUUUGUUUAUAUUCCCAGAGAGUGAAUGAGAUAGAAGAGACGCCAAACAAAGUGCGGAGAUUUAAGUCUGUGACGUCAUAGAGCUUUGAUUGCAAUUCGAUCAUCAUAAUCAUUCUGCGUGACAUCAACUGCCUGUGCAAUUAUUCUGUGCAUAUUGUGUAAUAGUUUGUAAAUAAAUUCACCGACAACGUCACAAAAAUGCGGCAACAAUGCCAGAGCAUCAUGCGCUUAAUGCGUCACUGCCAGAAAAGAACAACACCAGCAACACCAACAACAACAACGAUGAUAACGAUAGGGAAUCCACGAAGAUUCUCCUCCUGCUACAGUCCACCUUCCCACAACACCUGUUUCGGUGAUAGCAUCGUUAUCAGAAACCUCAACAAGUCGCAGUUUCUUCGAUUGCCGCCAAUUUCCCCACAUCGAUCAUAUUCAAAAUUCAGUACACAUUUAAAUACGGAACGUGCUAUGGAAUUGCUCUGCAAUCUGGAUGAGGAGGAACGGGCCAAUCUUCGUGAUGCAAUGUACAAAAUGGAAGCCGAUAAGGAGAAAAAAGCAUACGAGAGCCAACUGGCCGUUGGCAGUUGGCGUACACGUUUUGGACGACUAUCGACCAAACCCACAUUGGGUCAAGUGGAUCCCUCGGGUACUUUCUGUGCUGUACCCGAUGAAUGGCUGAGAAAGAAAAUGGUUGAAUCGGCCACUCCACCGACUGCUGGUCAAUUAUAUAGCAUUUUCUUUGUCAACGCGGUGCCAUUUAUUGCAUUUGGUUUUCUUGAUAAUUUUAUUAUGAUCAUGGCGGGCGAGUACAUUGAAUUUUAUUUGGGUCAUUUUGUUACCUUGUCCACAAUGGCGGCUGCUGGUCUGGGCAAUACCAUUAGCGAUAUCCUUGGCAUAACCAUGGCCACCUACGUUGAGAAUGCCUGUCACUUGUUGGGCCUGAAGCAGCCAAAACUAACCCCAGCGCAAUUUGAGCUCAAGUCGAGUAAACGGUCAUCCAGUUUUGGUCGAAUUGUUGGCAUUACAGUGGGUUGCCUGUUGGGCAUGUGCCCAUUGUGGUUUAUGGACUACUCAGAUGGAAAGACUUGUCCGGAUGACAGCAAAGCGAUAUAAGUCUGUACUUAAAUGUAACUUUUUUUGUUAAUUUAUAUGUUAUGUCUUUACAAAAAACACUGGCGAUUUUACUUUAAACAUUAGAAAAUGUAUGUAAUGGCUUUCAAACACGAAGAAAACAACACGAAACUAAACGCAUUAGUUGUAAUUUCAAAUUGUAUCGAACUAAUUGUGACACUCAAAGUACCUACUAGCCUAUCUUAAAUCUAACUAACUAAACUGUAUAAUUAAAUUAGGCUUUGCAAUAUUCUUUAAAUUCGCACUGACUGGACUGCACACUAAAAAAAAAACAAAAUAAAAACAAAAGUAUAUCAAAUAUUAGCCUGAUAUUAAAAACAUGUUAGUAGAAUAUUAGAUAACCAUAUAUAGUUACCAAAUUCAUAAUACACCCAUAACACACAUAAUGACAAUGGUCCUAGAAAAAAAAAAUGGAAAAUCAAAUCAAAUCAAGGAAAAAUCAUAAAUUGUUAUUAUGUAGAGCAACUAAUCCAAAUGAUAUACAUACAUAUAUAACACCAAUAUUAAGUACAUAUAUUAAUAUCUGUGCUCUAAUUUUCCUCCACUGAAAAGUGCCUAUAAACUUAACCUGUGCCAUCCCUUAAAGCUCGCUCCUUCUCCAGUUUUUGUCCAUUCUAAUCUCAAAAUGAUUUUACCAUACAUUAGAAACACAUAAUUAUAUAAAAAUAUUGUUAAAAAAUGUCCAAAAAUUGUAGAGAGCUUAUCAAAUGAAUAAAUCAAAGUAUAUGUAGCUUCAGCAAAA